AUGGCCCCGGACAGGUCACCAUCCCAAAAGGCCCCUCUUAAUCCCGGGAAACCCAACUCAUCGUCGCCAUCUGGCACAUCCCGUCGAAUGCCCACCCCUGGCCAGACUUCCCGAACGGGGUCGGUAGAGGCGCCCACCCCCCAAAGUGCCGCCACCGGCAACGACCUCACAUCUCAACCCAUGGCUGUCAGCGCGUCUGCUUCAGACGUCACCGCGACGGAACCUCCCAGCGCGUCGACCACCCCGGCGCCGUAUGGGACUCGCUCCAGAGGUCGCAAUGCCGCUCCCCGCCCCAAUUAUGCGGAAGAUCGCGACAUCGACGUCGACCUGGAGAUCGCCCAACCAGUUUCCAAGUCCGCCAAACGAAGUAGCGGUGUUCCCGGCAGCUUCGUCAAUGGCGUCAAAGCCGACAGUGAGGAGCCCGUCUCAUCGGCAACGUCGCGGAAGAGUCUAACGGCGGUCAAUGGUGCCAAUGGCGCGGCUGCUGCCAAAGACUUGAUUCCUGGCACUUCUUCAUUUUCCGCCAAGUUCGAGGAGGGGGCGGCACCGACCUCAGCCAGCUCUUCGUCCAGGAAACGGAAACAGCCGGCCAGUUCCACCACUAAUGCUGCGAGUGGGAAUGCAGCCAAGAAGAUCUUUACGACGGCCCCAGGACUAGCGUACAACCCGGCCGAAACCAACAUGGUCAGUUUCGAAAGCCGCGGUGCCUAUCUAAAAGAUGGCAAACUCAGAGCCGAUGACGGCACAACCUACGCUGUCAAUGACCACGUCUACCUGAUCUGUGAACCGCCGGGGGAACCGUACUAUCUGGCACGGAUCAUGGAAUUUCUGCCCUCCAAAGAUGCGCCCUCCGGCCCGAUCGAGGCACUGCGGGUGAACUGGUAUUAUCGCCCACGUGACAUCCAGCGCAAGGUCGCCGACACGCGUUUGGUCUUUGCCUCCAUGCACUCCGACACAUGUCCUCUCACAUCCCUACGCGGAAAAUGCCAGAUCCAGCACCUGUCGGAGAUCACCGACAUCGACACGUACCGCAAGACCCGGGAUUGUUUCUGGUACGACAAGAUGUUUGACCGAUACAUCCACCGCUACUACGACGUAAUCCCAACCAGCAAGGUCAUCAACGUCCCGGGCAACGUCAAAAAGGUUUUGGACGAGCGCUGGAAGUUCGUUCUGGUCGAGAUCGGACGACGGAAGGAACUUACUAGCGCCGUGAAGACCUGCAAGCGCUGUAGCUUGUACGCCGCAAGGUAUACCGAUCCAUACUCUUUAUGA